ACCAUCUCCAGCUCGAGUUAGCGCUGUAUUCUUCACAGUUUCCACCCUUCAUCAUCUCUGCUAAUGAUGAAAUUAAAUGUUUGUAUGUUACGUACAAUCAUAAUUUCUCGAUUAAUUUCUGUCGUCUCUUUUCACAUUUUUAGCCAUGGAUGAAUCGCUGAGGAUAUUCCCAAUCUGAAUCUUCACAACAUGAAGAUCAAUCAAUUAUAAUAAUGUAUUUCACUUUUCUGAGAUCCAUCCAGGCAUCCUACUUCUUCCCCUUCUAUUAUCCUUUGCUGAAAUCAUUUUCAUGGAUCUGUGAUGCUAUAAUGAAACUGCGUUAUCUAUCCGAAAGUCCGGUUUCGGAAUUGAUGCGGAAGAUCAUUCAUACCUGAGAUCUACCUUAUCAUUGAUUUGUUUUCGACAUUCUUUUUUUGUUAUCUGAAAUAGAAGCAUCGAUGAGGAAUACUAAAACGUUAUCCUUGCACUUUGAUUGUCAGUGAAGAAAUUAUGGGGAAGUGCAUCCUGAGCUGCACACAUACUUUAGUUUAAUUUAUUUUAUUAUUACCACUAGCAUUUGAUUUAUUUUCUCAUAUGAUCUGUCAGUUAAAACAUUCGCCAUGAUAGUGUAUGGAUCUUUGAAAAGCCAAUUUGCAGAGCAAGGGCGUCUCGUCGAUGGCGGAUAUCUUGCAUUGAAGGUUGGCAAGAUCAUAAUGCGAUUCUCCGUGCCUUUCAAACUUUUGUGUUGAUUACGGCCUCGAACAAAUCGCCACAUUCCAUAAUAUUCUCGAAAUGAUUUGAAUCUAUUUGUUGUGUGAAACAUAUCGAGUUAGAUUAGACAAUUUGCACCGGUGACGGCGUCGUUAAGGUUAAUUUUCUGACGCAGGAUCCAUUUUGCAUAGAGAGAAAGCUGAGCAAGAAUCAGCGGCGGCCAGACAACCGCUGAGAUGAGAUCCACAGAUGAGUUUGAUCACCAUGAAACUUGUCUACUAAAACCAUCUUACAUCUCUAUUUACCUCUAAAAAUGUUUAACCCUGAACUGAAUUCCCAAUCUGUUUUUGCGAUAUUGCAAUACAUUUUGUUAGUUUGACAGAUUAUUCAAACUUCAAAGCAACGUUUCAAACAUGAAAUUGUGACGGUGGGCAAAGUACUGUUUCUGAAUUUGUAAUGAAUGACAACAGAUAGAGUCGUGAACUGCAAAAUCCUAAAAGUUGAAUGAGAAAUGAGCCCUUCGUUAAAUAUACAAUUACAGCAUUUUCCCUUACAUGGAUGAAGAAGACUCUUACCAAUAGCAGCAACUAAGGAAGAUGACUCAGUGGAUACGAACGAGGUUUUAGGUCUGUUUUAAUAAUCAGUGAUGGAAAUUCGAAUAUCACAAACUAUAUUAAAUUUCAUAUUCACAAUUCACCUCACUAAAUGAUAGAUCGAACGGCAAGAAGGAAAGACUGAUUUUAGGAAAAUUAUAAUGAUCAUCAAACACUUUUUAUAUAACAUUAACCACUUUUAGAAGUUACAGGGACAAACAAAUUAGUUAUUCUUGAUGUACAUAAAAAGAUGUACAUAAAAAGAGUACACAAAUUUUACAUCGUGUGUAGACGGACAUUUUGACAUAAAAUGCUAUUCAUUUCAAAAGAAUUGCCUUUGCAAAUACUUUUUCUUCUUCCAAUUAAGUUCUCACUUUUCUUUUUGGUAAGUUUUCAAAUUAAGUGCACACUGUAAUAUUUUCCUUAUUUGUCAAAUUAUCUACAUCAAAACAUUGUCAAAUAGUGUUUAAACAGUGCAAAAUAGUACACUCUACAGUAAAGUUAAAUUAUUUUCUUAUUAUGUGUAAAGUCAAAUCGUGAACUUAAUUGGAGAAUGAAGGGAGUAGGCAUUAAAGAGUUUGUGUAUAAUAUGUGUACUAAAUUUGUGUACACCUGGUAUUCAUGGAAGGAAAAUAUAGUUAGUGAAGUUUGGAUAAGUUUCAUGGGUCAAACAAUGAUUGUUGGACUGCUAUUUGGCAUUGUAAUUUACCUCCCAAAAAAAAUCCCGCAAAGGCUAUUUAUUACAAAGGCUAUUUGUUCCGGUGCAAAGUGGAGGAUGAAACAGCAUCUCACCUUUUUUAAGACGAUUUAUUACAGUUUUGUAACGAUUCUCUGUAGCAUUUGGAAGAGAUGCAAUGGAGUAAUGUAGAAGGGAGAAAACUUUACUGCUGCAGGAAUAAAGCAAGGAGCUGCCACAACCUUAGCAAGCUUGAGAGCAUUUCAGGUUCAAGGUAAAAGGAGUGCGAACCUGCAGGUUGGAGAGGGGCAAUUAGAAUAGAAAAAGCCACAUGAAAAUUGAGUUAAAAUAAAUGUGGAUGCAGCAAGGAAUAUUCAAGCAAUUGGAUGGGCUUGGGGGUCGGUAGGAGAGUGAGAGGGAUAACCAGUGGAGGAGAGGAAUAUGAUUGAUCUUUGAUGAUAUUAAAACACUAUUGAAUGCUGGAGAGAAUGCUUAUGUAGAGUGGUGUGAAUUAAGUUCCCCAUGCUCUAGCUGAAACGGUUUUUUAUAUGUCUGAUUAUAUUUGUAUUUGAAUUAAGUUCCUCAUGCUCUAGCUAAAACCAUCUGUUGAGUUAAUAUAUUUCAUGAUUUUUCAAUAAAAAAUGAAGUUAUGGACUUGUACCACAAGAUUUAGCUAUUCAUGAAUCCAUGAUAUAAAAUAUGAUUAAAUCCGCAUCCCUCUUACUCUUCAAUAGAAGACAUUAAAUUGUUGUUGGAUCAUUUCCGUUGAAGGAUUAGAAGCUAUGAUCAUGUGAAAUAAAAGAAAAUCGCAAAUGGUGAUGGGUUAGAUAUUACCCUAAUGCCACUACAUUGUCAUUUUCAAGCGACACGUUGCAGUUGUGACGUGAACCGCUACCGUAAUAUUACAGCCUCAAUACACAUGUUCUAACUUGCAACUUAGAGUCAC